AUGACUACCGCUGCCGUCCCACAAGCUCCAGGGCCCCUCCACUUUCUCGCCUCUGUCAUUACUGAUAUCAGCGAUGACACGUCUCCCAGAGAUCAAUCAUCUUCCCCAGAAUCCUCUUCACGACCAUCCUCUCCCAUAUCCACCCUUUCGUCCUCUUCCACCGCCCCCAGCAACCAUGGGUCCAGUCUUCAUCCUCCCAGCAAGCUUACCAGGCUUCCAGAGGCCGAACACAGGAUCCUCCAGCAUUCUACCUCCUCAAAUCAUCUCCCAUCGUCAGACCCAAGCUUUGUUCCUUUUAUUCGCCAUAAAUCUGCCAGGAAGGUCCCAAAGGCCGCCGAUCCAAAUCUCAAGGGAAAAUUACAGAUGAAAAAGAGGCGGAAAGAACUACUGGACAAAGCUAUGAAAAUCAAGUCUCUCGAUAAUUCGCCCGUUAACGAACGCCAGCUAUUGGUCCUUCGCAUGGUCUACGACGAAAUCACAAUGUACCCUUGCGAAUCUUGGAUGGUUCUAAUUGCUAUAAUCAUCCACAGAGCUUACAAGCAAGUUAAAAAUUGGUUUUCAAACGAGAGACAGAAAAAUAGGACUGGGGAAUCCGUUCCUCUCGAAACAGAGGAUGGGGACAAGGUUCGGCUCCGUUCUUCGGCGCUGCUCAUGUGUCAAGAAUGGUCCGACUCCUUUUUCGAAGAAGUUGUCAUGAUAUAUAACUAUCGGGUCCAACGGAAUUCCCGAUUUCGAGGAUCACUUCGACGACCAGAUAUCAUGUCAAAUCACGAUUAG